CCUACGGCCGAGAACCGGCUGCACCACGAGCCCGACGCCAUGAGCGAUAAAGCACCACGUGCGGCUCCACGUCACAGCCCGGCUCUUCCGCUCGGUGCCGCCCCGGAACGCCGCGUGCUGCCCGUGUUCCCCGCGGAGCCGUUGGGCGCUGCACCGGAACGAGCGGCCGGCGGGAGUUAAAGGGGAACCGGGACGGACGGAGCGACAUGGGGAAACGGCAGCACCAGAAGGACAAGAUGUACAUCACGUGUGCCGAGUACACGCAGUUCUACGGCGGAAAGAAGGCGGACCAUCCCCGCACCAACUUCAGGCGCAUCUCGUUCGAUCACUGCAGUUUGUCUCUGCAGCCAUUUGAAUACCCGGUUUGUACUCCGGAUGGGACAGUCUUUGACAUACUAAGCAUCGUUCCUUGGAUAAAGAAGUACGGAACCAAUCCGAUCACGGGAGAAAAACUAGAUGCCAAGUCCCUUAUAAAGCUGAAUUUUGCUAAGAACAGUGAAGGUAAAUACCACUGCCCCGUGCUGUUUACUGUAUUCACCAAUAACUCCCAUAUUGUGGCCAUCAAGACAACGGGAAAUGUGUUUGCCUAUGAGGCAGUUGAGCAGCUGAACAUAAGGCCAAAGUGCUACAAGGAUCUCUUGACAGAUGAGCCCUUCACCCGGCAAGACAUUGUGACACUGCAGGAUCCAACAAACCUGGAUAAAUUCAAUGUCUCCAACUUUUUUCAUGUUAAGAACAACAUAAAAGUGGUUGAUCCAGAUGAAGAAAAAGCAAAAUUGGAUCCAUCUUAUUACUUGAAAAAUACAAAUACAGAGACCCGAGAGACUUUACUGGAGCUUUAUAAGGAAUUCAAGGGUGAUGAGAUUCUAGCAGCCACUAUGAAGGCUCCUGAGAAGAAGAAAGUGGAUAAGCUGAAUGCCGCCCAUUAUUCCACUGGAGCAGUAAGUGCUUCCUUCACCUCCACUGCAAUGGUACCUGAAACUACCCAUGAAGCAGCUGCUAUUGAAGAUGAUGUUGUGAGAUACCAGUAUGUGAAGAAGAAGGGCUAUGUACGACUUCACACUAACAAAGGAGACUUAAACUUGGAGCUGCACUGUGACAUGACACCUCGAACCUGUGAAAACUUUAUCAAGUUGUGCAAAAAGAACUAUUAUGAUGGGACAAUUUUUCACAGGUCAAUUCGGAAUUUUGUGAUUCAGGGAGGUGAUCCAACUGGAACGGGAACAGGAGGAGAGUCGUAUUGGGGAAAACCAUUUAAAGAUGAAUUCAAGCCCAACUUGUCCCAUACAGGACGUGGUAUCCUUAGUAUGGCCAAUUCGGGGCCUAACACCAACAAAUCGCAGUUCUUUAUCACAUUCCGCUCUUGCGCGUAUUUGGACAAGAAGCAUACGGUGUUUGGAAGAGUGGUCGGCGGCUUUGAGACUCUGACUGCUAUGGAGAACGUGGAAAGUGACCCCAAGACGGACCGUCCCAAGGAGGAAAUACGAAUCGAGGCAACAACUGUUUUUGUUGACCCGUAUGAGGAGGCAGAUGCGCAGGUUGCUGCAGAAAGAGAGAAGGUUCAGCUGGAAGAAGAAGCAGCCAAAACAAAAGCUGAGAUGGUCCCACUAAAGAAAGAGGUCCAGACUCCUAAAACUUACCGGCAGGGAGUUGGAAAAUACAUUAACAUGGCUGCAGCGAAGCGCAGCGUGGAAGAUGAUGGGCCCUCAACAAGCACAGCUGCAAAGAAAGAGAAGAAGAGCACAGGCUUUGGGGACUUCAGCUCCUGGUAGCAGCAGCACAGCAAAAAAGAAGAGGCAGCCUCCCACAUGGCCAUGAAGAGCCCGAAAGACCAUUUGUCCUGUGGAGAGGGAAGGCACCCGCAUUCACUGUAGAAGAAAACUGUUGCUUUGUUAAGGCUGGUUAAUGUGGCUUUGUUUUCAGGAGAUCUGCGUUCCCCCAACUGCAUCUUUCUGGAAGGCCUUUUUGUUGUUGUUCAGCUGAGCAGGGAGCACAGCUCCGCUGGGGAUUAGCUGCAGCCUUUCUCUGCACAGCCAGCAGCAGCCCAGGCAGAGCCCAGCUUUGCAGGACGCUGCCUCAAUAACAGCUGCACUGUGAAAGAGCUUCAUUUACAGGUAAUCAUUUCCAGGCAAGCCAGGUCUGCUGGACAAAUUGGUGUGUUGGGGAAGCGCCUGAGCUGCUGGAAGGCGCUGUGCAGGGGAGGACAGGGCUGGGCUGCAGCCUGUCCUGCUUCUCCCUUCCAGCUGCAUUUUGCUUCUUCUCAGAAAGGACCAAUUCCACAUGUUCCUUCUGCCUCCUGGCUGGAUUGGCUGCUGUCAGUGUCCACAGGGCCCCGCUCACUCUGAAAUGAGCUGUGUCUGCACCCACGUGAUCUCGAGCACUGGGAAGCAGUGGGGCUGUGCAGUGAGCAGUGUGCCUGCUGCUGCAGCACUGUGCGCUCCUCUGGCUGCUGGCCUCGCUGGAGCCCCUGGGCAGCUGGGGGGCUGGGCUGCCCCACUUCAGAGCUGCCCUCUGGGUCCAGAACUGACAGCCUGGAACAGCUGAGUGGGAACAGAAACAGCAUCACAGCAUUUUUUUUUAGCCAUCCCCGAGGGCUGCUCCUUGCACAGGCAUCUCCAGUAUUUCCUUCCAUAGCCACACAGUUAGGAUGCUUACGAAAGGCCUUACAGAGUGCAGAAAUGCCAGCCUGGGAGAUGUAAUGUGUGCUACCAUCACUUGCAGGUGGUGCAGUAGAUCCUGAACACAACUUCUCAGUGUUCUCGGGUGUUUUCAGAGCACAGCAGUGCCCUGCCCUGUCUGGCUGAGGAGGUGGUUUUGUAGUCGCCUUUGCAACCAGCACGUUGCUAUCAGUGGUUUAAGAGCUUGAGGUCUCCACUUAGAGGAAACUGCUGUAAAAAAUUUUUUGUAACAAGUUUUGCAAUUAAAUGCUUUUAUUUUCCUUUGGA